UACACUUUCUUCAUCAUGAGUGGGCACUCAAGUGAAAUAGUAUUCUCAGUCUCAUCGUCAUCCAAUGAGGCUGCUUACGUGAUCCCCUACGUCAAUGGGCUCAUGAAAGUUCCUGGACCAAGGAGACGAGGGAGGCCUGCAGGAUCAACCAAACGGGUAACGCAGUCAAAUGGCAGGCAGAAGCAAAAGUAUAAUCGAGAUCUCACUUCCCAGGGUGUUGGUCAAUUUCAGUUCAUCAAUCUCAGUGCGCAAACAAGUCGGAUUGACGCUGUGGCGCGGAGAACGAUUAGACGAAAGGCAAUGUUCAAUCACAUACAAGUGAGAUCGACUAAGGUAGAGAAAGCCUCGAAAAUGAACACAAAAGACGUCACCCGAGCUGAAGGACUCUUGUCACCCCAAAGUCUACCGUUAUUGCUCGGAAGCGUGGACCCGUUUAACACCAUGCCGAUACGGUUUGAGCCGUACAUGCAUGACCUGCUAGUCUUCUACAGCACUACCGUUUGGAAGACUCUGUACUCGAUUGAAGAGAAAGCAGGUUGCAACCCCAUGGUAGAAUACUGGCUACCACUAGCAUUUAAUGAUACGGCCCUGCUCAAUAUCCUCAUCGGAUGUGCUGCUGCUUUCAAACUCGAAUCCAUCUUUCAACCAGGAUGUCCAACUUUUGUCAGGCACCUGAACGAGGCGAUGAAUAUUGUGAAUAACAAAUUGUCGUCUAUGUCCAGGGGCGAGCAUGUAUCAGACGAGAUAUUGGCUGUCAUUGCCACAUUGGCCAUAAUCCAGAGAACGGUUGGGUCCAGCAGUCAAUGGAACAUGCAUAUGGGCGGACUGCAAAGACUUGUUGAUCUUCGCGGUGGGAUGAGCAGUCUAGAUGCCAAGCCACUCAUCAAAAGUAAGAUAUAUCGUGCCGAUCUAUGCGGCUCCCUGGACAUCACGCGACAACCUUAUUUCAACCCCCACUACGACCAGCUACCAUUGAACAAUUUCCAAGACCUACGUCUCCCGCGAGGAUUCAGUGAUUUGGAUGAGAUAUUGUCGCUUGAUCCACUGGUAAAGAAUACAAUUUUGAAUGUGCAAGCUAGUCUGCAAGGCUUGUCAAUUCUUCACGUGAAGAAACAUCACAGUCAUGCUGCGCAGAUCAGAUUUUCCUUGACAUCUGCUCAGUAUACUCUUUUGUCUUUUCCAUGUGACAGCUCGAGCAACGCAAGAAUUCGAGCACAGGAGACAUGUCGCUUGGCUAUUUUACUGUUCACAGCUACGGUGUUUCAUGAGUUACCGCCGGGCGCGUCAAUCGCUGAUGGGACAGUGGGAAGAAUGAUAGAACUUCUCAGUGAUAUUGCGACAUGCCGCUAUCUAACCCCGGCCUUUCAGACGUGGGCCUUGUGUCUCGCUGUAACCGCCGCACCGCCAGGGGAUAGGGAACAAGCUCUUGUUCUCCUGUCCGGUAUCCUUGCCAGGAUACACGUUGAUACCGAAGAACAGUUCGCCAUAUUGAUAUCAUCGUUCCUUGGAGAAGGAACAUUGCAUCAGAUGCAUUGCCGUGUGAUGACGGAUAUAUUGUCGCAAUCUAAUUUUAUUGGAACUUCUAGCCUGCCCCGCGGGCACGCCUAAUUUGCUCCAAUUCUGCAUUAAUGGCGCAUUGGAUACUUUUGACAAAGAGAUUGAAAGUCGCUUGGCGCGAGGAAGUGUUGUCGAAUAUU